AUGGAUUCAGAAGCUCCUGAUCAGGCUUCUCUAAAUGUUUUAAACGAGUCGAGUGACGAUAACACAAUAACAAACAAAUUUAAAAGCCGAGCAAAGAAGAGAAAACGAGAGUCUAGUACAGAGGACGAAGUCCUUCCAGAUAAUACACUUGAAAUGGAGAAAAAUCUUCACGCCUCAGCUGCAAGAAAUAAUUUAGAUGAUACCAGUGUGAAAAAAAUACUGAAAAAAGUGGUGACAAAUGAUCAUGUUCUGGCUUUUGUCAAAAUGCGUGAAAAAGAAGAAACUGUUGAGGCUGGAGAAAAUGUGCAACCAAUCACCAGGGCUAAAGCCAAGGAGUUGAUGAAAGCCUCACCUAAAUCAGCACCAUGGAAUUUAGAAUUGACACCAAUUAAACAUAUACACGUGAAAACCAGACCAGAGGUAAAAGCUCUCAUUGCCCAAGAACUACCUGAUGAUGAAGAUGAUGAAGAGUAUCAGCCAACUAAUGAUGAAGUUCAGAGUGAUGAUGACCAUGCUACUUGUAGCGACAUUGAUUCUCUCCCAGCUACACCUUCUACACCUAAAAGCCAAACAAAAACUGCAUCUGCAGUUAUUACAGACGGACCUUUUAAAGUUCCACAGGAGACAGUUUCCCAGGCUCGCAGACAACUCGAUCUGGAAGAGGAAGCUACGAUAGCUCUUCGUACUCGCUCCAAACUGAGUCUAUCAGAAACUCCAAUAGAGCAUAUAGAGAGUUCUUUUGUACCGCCAGAUGAUUUACCACACCCAGAUGUUGAUGAUUUGUGGAAUGACUUCUUAAAGGAGUGCCUAAACCCAGCAGCCAAUGCUAGAAAUGAGGAUGACGAUGAAGCCGACCCUGAGUAUAAUGUGGCAGCUGAUCCCGAUGCAGUUGAAGAAGAUGAAGAAUCUCUUGAGAACAGUCUGAUAAAAAUAUCGAAAAAGGAAUUAAAUGACUUGGUCACAGAACUGUUUAAUGUUAUGCCCGAAUCAGAACUUACUCCACAAUUGAAUAACAGCGAACAAAUGAAUAAUAUUCAAAUUAAUGGGAAAGAGCCGUCGUCCAUAUGGGAAGGUAAGCAAGAACCAAUUUCCGACGAGGAUAGGUCUUCCAAAAGACUUCAGUUUGAGAAAAAUGAUCCACCAAGACUAUCUAUUGGAAAGACAGAACACGAGGAAAACGAAGAUAUUGGUGAUAUUGUUAUAGCAGGACCAAUAACAGUGCACAUGAGAGAGGAACAUGUAGAAGAGCCAAUGGAAGUGGUAGAACCCCCGCCGGCUGUUCGAAGUGCCAUCGCAACCCCUGAUAACACACUGAAGGUUGUUAUUGAAGACGAUGUGAUAACAGAUGAGCAAAUAUUGAUACUUCAACAACAGUUGCGCAUGCACAUACAAAUGGCGACAUCGAAUUUUCUUUUGCUUUUUGUCAAUCCAGCAUACUGGACAUACGCACCUAAAUAUAAAGAGUAUUUGGAAACCUUACAAGGUAUGGUGGAAAAACAGGAAAAUUCAGUCGCAAGAGUGUGUAACUUGUCGCCUGCUCUUGAACUGGUCAAAAGCUGGGAAGACUGCGUCUCAAAAGAUACGCCUGAGAAUAAGAAGAUGGUUCAAUUCAUUCAAUCCGAAGCGGAUAAAUGUCGUCGAAGAAGCAUGGGUAAGAAUUACUACACAGGAGAUUUCCCGGAGGAAUUCAAAAAAGUGACCGCUAAUAGUUCUGUGUUCCUGUACCCUUAUUUGUUACCUGCCACGCCCUAUCGGGGAGUGGAAAUCAAGAGGCGAACAUGUUAUUUACCUUCUGAAGAUAAAUUAAUAAUCUUAGGGAUAGACCAAUUUUGGUCCUACGUAGAAGCGAAUCCGGAUUUGUAUCCGCCUCCGCCGAUAAAAAACAUGCGUCAUAGGUGGGGUAUAGGAAUCACAUUAGACCUAGUGUGCAAGUAUAUGUUCCCUUGGAUAAGCCCUAAGACCUUAGCAGGGCAUGUUUCUGCAGUAAGGAAGAACAAACAGACUGAUCACAUAAUUACCAAAUACUUCAAAACACGAGAAGUACCUAAAACUAAGCAUGUCUUGAUUCCGUUUAACGCAGAACUGACAUUGUAUGAGCAACCUGAAUCAGAAAUACCAACGAUCUGGGUACGAUACCUUGCGAAAAGCAGUAAGAGAUUUAGGAAACACUUGCAAAAGAAACGUCCAACACAUUUUCAACCGCCAAAAGGCAUUGAAAUAUCCCAAUCCGAUAUCAUUGAAGAACCAAAGCCUCCAUUACCUAUACAAUUCACACAAGAGAUCGUUUCUAACCGCAUAAACUUGCAUCCGGUUAAACCGGCUAACCCGGACAGAGUGGAUAUAGUAAUAGACCAAACAACAAACGAAAUAGACCCGGAAAACGAAUUAGAGCCAAUAGAAGAUCCAGAAGUUAUAAUGGACACGGUACAUUGCUCGUGUUGUGAGCUAUUAAGAAAAAUAUCGAAAUAUAAACAGAAAAGAAUAACUGAAUAUGUGAAGAAGUUUGUUGUCAAAAUGCAGUGUCCCUGUCGGAGUAUAAGAUAUCCGAAAAUUACGAAUCGAUUGAAAAUAUUGUUGAGCUAUUAUAAAAAUUGUUCUAAGAAUGUGUUUACUGAUUUGAAAAGUAGGAUCGAAGCGGCUAAAAAGCCGGGCGUUUGUAAAUUAGGUAUAGCUAAAGAAGCAGAGGAGAGACUCACUGAGGCCAAAGAUCGAGAAUUUGUAAGAACAUUUCUAAUGAGAUUAUCCCUGCGUCAAAAUAAAAUUAGAAAUACACAGGCAAAGAGAGCUCUGUUUACAAUCCUGUCUCGAUUUAACUCAGAGGGAGACGAUCCUAUUAAAUUAAUGGACGAUAUUUAUAAAGCUUGCGACGUGGAAUUAGCCGACACGUAUAAUGAAUUUUUGGGUUUUCUUAACCCCGAACAAGCAGACGAAAUUGAUAAAUUUCGAGAGUAUUUUAUAAGCAAUGCUAUGGAUGACUUGAUUCAGAAGACUGAGGAAAUUGUCACUGAUAAAAGCAAAAAAAUUAACAUUUUGAAGUACCUGUCUACGUUAUCUCGUAACAGUCCGUUGUCGUGUGUGAUGUGCACGAAUCUUAUGGACAAUAUGCGGCAAUACCCACAACUUGCAAGAUAUUGUUUCUCAUUAUUUCCACAUCGAAGGAAAGUGCGCAUCGUGACAAGUGAUGAAUUAAGGAGUAAUUCCAAACAGACAUCGCCACAAACUCAAAUAGCACCAAAUGAAUCUCUAAGCAGCAACGAUAAUGGGAUAUUAAGAUCCAAUAAUAAUUCUCAAAUUACGGUUUUAAACAAAGACAAAAUAAAUGCACAAGUCGUUGCUUUACAAGCUGUUGACCCACAAGAAAGUAUCGCCUCAGAUCAAACGCAAGAUGAAUUAAGCAGCGAAAUUCAAAAUAAAGAAAUAAAUAGCCAAGAAAAUGAUGGUAAUGAUGAAGAAGUAGAAGCAGGUAAUGAAAAUAGUGAAUCAGAAAACGAAAAUGAAAGUGGAACAGAAAAUCAAGACCAAGAAAUGAAUGAAUCAGACGAUAGUGAUGGGGGUGAAACUGAACAAGGGGCAUUAAUGAUAUGUGAAGAUAAUAUUGGUGUUAACUGCCUUUCUAGUGAUAAAAGUAAUGAUGAUGCAGACGAUGUAGAGGAAAAGCCAUUGGUGGAUAUAAAAGAAGAAAAAAGCGAUGAUAAAAUUUGUGAUAUUAUCGAAGAAGAAUUUAUCCCAAUUGAUGAAAACAAACUAAAGACAGAGGUAGAUCCGCUAAGUGAUUAUGAUCAAGAAAGGACAAUAGAUGUUGAAUGGGGGAGAGAAGAAGAUAAAUUAAUUCUUGAAGUUCUUAUACAGCUGAACCCAGAAGAGAGAAUAGAAAAUUCGAUUGAUGAGAUAGUUGAGAUACUUGAAAAAAAGAAUAUUCCACAGAUUAUUGCAAAAAAACUUACAAAGAAGUCCUUGUUUGAUAUUAGAGCUAGAAUUUUGUAUUUAUUGCAAGUACUAUUGAAAUGA